UUCCAGCGAUCCCAGCCGCGCGAGAUGGCGAUGGCGAAGAGUGACCUCAGUGACCUCGGAACUUCCAUGGAAUGGGCUGUCUCGGAAGUGCAAAAGCAGCAAGCAGAAUCCUUAGUCCGAAUGGAGGCGCUGCGGAAGCAACACCUCGACUGGGAAGCGGCCGUGAAAUCGAUGCUGCAGCAGAUCCGUGAUACCUUCAGCGAGGAAGUGGAGACAUCUGCGCGCGUUGAGUUGAAACGGGGGAGCUCCACGUUGAGCCAACGCUCGACCCACUUCGCCGGCGCGCGGGAACUGCAAAAGCUGCGAAACUCAACGGCGCGGCAGGACUCACCACCGGUGGCCAUUGCCUCCAGCCCAACGGGCCCAACGGCUCCGUCGGGCACCGCGCUAACCGUGCGGAGACACCGAACUCGCAGCUCGGAGAAUUCCCGGAUGUUGGAAGAGAUUUUGUCUCAGCCCGGCUCUCCUGAGAGACCUCGCAGUAAUCGGAUUCAAGGAGUGCUAGCGUGGAUUGUCGAGUCCACGGUCUUUGAAUGUGUUACAGGUUUUGUCAUCCUGUUAAAUAUGAUCCUGAUUGGUGCUGAAGCUGAGAUGAAGGUGAAGGGCCAGGUCACUGACUGGGCAGAAAACAUUGAGCGCUUCUUCUUGGCACUUUACACAGUUGAGCUCCUCAUGCGUUUUGCUGUCGGGAGGUGGCCCUUGUUUCGCAGUGGCUGGUUCCUGCUGGAUUUCUUCCUGGUUUGUCUGGGCCUUCUGGCAUUGGUGGUGAUACCCACGAUCGAACAGGGUGCACAAGAAGGCUUCGAGCAGGUCUUGAUCGUACGAGGUCUUCGAUUACUGCGCUUGGCACGUGUGCUCCGUAUGGUGCACAGGUUCAAGGUGGUCUGGCCCCACAUUUCUGGCUUGUUGAGCGCUUGGGAUACCAUGGUCUCCACCACUGGUUUGAUCAUGAUUUGGCUCUACAUCUUUGGUUGUGUUGCCUUGGAAUUUAUCACCACUGAUGCGGAGCUUUUGGCGGACCCCGCCACGACCUCCAUCGUCAAAGAAAACUUUGGAAGCCUUCCCAAGGCGACUCUGACAUUGCUUCAGUUCGUGACAAUGGAUGCGAUUGCGAAUGUGUACUACCCUUUGGUCAUGGCGAAACCUGUGCUGAUUAUCUACUUUCUUCCCCUGUUGAUGUUUUUGUCAAUCGGCCUCAUGAACUUGGUGACGGCUGUACUUGUUGAACACGCCCUUGAACACGCCUCGCAAGAAGCGGAGCAUGCGCGUCUAAAUCAGAAGCAACGGAUCAAAGAUACGCUACCCGAUCUGCUCAAGGUCUUUCAAGGCUUGGACGCCGAUGGAAGCGGCUCGUUGACCCGACAGGAGCUGGCGGACGUGCCGAUUUCGGUGCUACCGCCCAAUGUCCUUGAGAAUGUUUCGGUGGACAGUAUGGAAGACCUCUUUGAAAUGUUGGACGUUGAUGGUGGCGGCGCGUUAACCCAAGAUGAAUUUUUGGAAGGUUUGUUGAGCCUUCUGCUGUUGGAUGUGCCGAUGUGGGCCAUACAGUUGCAGAAGCAAAUGUUGCAACUCUACAAGCUGGUCGUGUCUAAGAGCAAUUUGAUGCCAGAACGUCCGCUUUCUAUUGAAAGUCCUUCUGGCAAGAGAACUGCUCUAGAGCUCUGAGAGAGCGAGAGCCGAACUAUUUCAAAAAAUAUAAGAGCAUUCUUCAGGGAAAACCUGAGGAAUUGGGAGAAACGGGGAAGCUUGGACGCAAAGUAUUUAAUGCGGUUAAACUAGGUUGAGAAGGGAUGGUUGGC